AUGUUGAAGACCACACCCAAUGAUGCUAUCUCAAGCACACAGACCUCACAGCAUGCCCCAGGACAUGAGGGCAGUGGUGAGGCCCAAGAGGUUGAAACUGCCAAAGGAUCUGAGACUGGGUCUGAGUCAAUCCAUGGUGAGGAUGACUACCACACCGAUCCUGAUGUUGCCACAGAGGGGAGUGAGGAUGAAGAGACUGUGGGAAUACAUAGGAAGCCAGCAAAGAUCACAUGCCACCUCAUUGAAGCUGCCCACACUACUACCAAGGCCAAACUGGGGGCCAAGGCCACUCCCUCCCAACCUUCUGUCAUCACAGCUACAGACAAGCACAAGCUCAAACAUGAUGGAGUAGUUAUUUUUGGCUUGGGGCUGCUGCAGAAGAAGAAGAAAUGCGACCACCCAUCUGGCCUCUCACACUCUCACAAGGAAGGAAAAACUGUGGACUCUGCCCAGCACAAAUGUCACAUAGAGUCUCAAACUGGUAACCAGGUCAAUGGCAGUGUGAUGGAUAAAUUCAGUGGCCUCCCUGAUGAGCAAGAGAAGAAAUGGAACCUGCUGGGGCACAGAAUACCAUGUGCUCCUAUUGCAAAUGCAAUAGCUAUGAAGAAUCGACCUAGUCAUCAAAACUUGCCAAAGGGAUCUGCUGCCCAAUUUACAAAGCUUUUGGAACUAUGGGAUAAGGUCAUGUUAGAUUGGCCACACUGGUUUGAUGAGGACAAUCAUGUCUAUUGUCUGCAUGCACACAUCAGCAAAGCAGGGAUUGAAGCCAUUGAGGCAUUGUGGGCUUCAGACCUGAAAUACAAAAAUCCUGAGGAACAGAAGCCAUAUGUCAACUUUGCACUUGGUUCAAGCCUUCCAUUCAUGUAUAGUAGCAUAAUACAUCUAGGAGGGAAUGAGUAUAGUGCAAGUCCCAUUCAAACCUUUGCAUCCCACAUCAGGGAUAUUUCAGUGGUUGACAAUGAGACUUAUCAUGAGUUAAUUGACUAUGAAAUGCCAAGGGGUGCACUGGUCUUAGCUGUCACAUUGGUUGAGUGGGCAUUAACAUUGUAUUCUACUGGAGCCAAAGAGGUGCCCACCAAGCAGUCCGAGGCAAGCUUCUCUGACAUUGGAUGGGGCAUGAAAACUUCGCUGUACAUGUGA